CACAAUACCCGGUUCUCAACAGAGUUAUUCAGACAUCUAUUCUCCCAAGUAGUUAUGAAGUUACUUACCAGUAAAUUAACAGCCCAAUGCUAAAUCAAUGGCUCAAAGUGAUUGUUUACACACACACUUAGAUAAAACACACACAAUUUUAAAAUGUCCAACAAAAAUAAAGGGCACUGACAAAGACAUUGAGGUCUAAUAAAGCACAGUGAUUAACAAUUAUUUAAACUACUGUCCAAAAGUCUUGUUUAAAAAAAUAUUAAUAAAAAAAGUCUAUUGCAGUGUUUCCAAAGAAUUAGUUUACAAUCCCAACCAUAUUUUUGUUAAUACAUAUUGAUAAACAGUAUAAAAGCAUUCAUUUUGAAAUCCAACAAUCCCACUUCACACACAAUAUACUGCAUUUAACUAUAAUUCUGAGUAAUGACUAAUAAAAUACGUUCUCAUGUACCCUUUGUCUUUCUCUCUUCUGCAGCAUGGAAACUUCACCACCAACCACAGGCCUUUUGAAAUGUUUGUGUGUUGCAACACGCAUUCACAGAAGAGCACUGAGUUACUCCACUAUUGGAAUGAAAAUAGAAAUUUCAAAAACAAAGACGGAGACCAUUUCCGCUCUUACUGAUGGGGUGAUCUGUUACCUUAAUAAAAAAGAGGGAUCAACCCCAGAAUUCGAGGAAGGGGUGAGUUACAUCCUCCAGAAGCAUACCCUCUCCAACAAGUUCGGGCAGAUGUACCUGUUUGUGGGACCAGGCAGUUUAAAAUUUAAAACAACGCCACACAACUUCUCUGAAGCUGCACAGACAUCUGCCAAGGAGGCACUCUGUCCUCCUUCACCAGAGAUGACUGGUGGUGAACCAGACAUUUUUUCCAGGGGAGGACACAUCAGCCUUAGGGGACAAAUAACAGAAUUCCAUGGGGUGAGGAUGACAAGGGCAAGAGUGCCAAUAGUGGACCUAAAAAUAAAAUGCCUGGAGGGGACCUUCAGUGUUUCACUGUGGAGGGAGGCAGCUUUGACUGAGCUUUUUGUUGGUGAUGAGGUCCUCAUCACCCACCUACGUCCCUGCGUCCAGGAAACAGGAACUGGAAAGUUCCAUUCUUCAAACUACACAACUGUGGAGAUCGCAGAAGGCCAGAUGCAAGAAACGGUCGUUGAAGUGAUCGGGGUGUCCAACGUCAAUCACACUUGCCACUUCCUCGGAAGUGACAGUCAAGUAUAUGUGGUUCCUCAGAUCGUUUUUGCAGGAAACCCUGAUGACCUUAUUGCCAGGCUCCCACUGCAUUUGUCCUUAAAGCAUGUCAACAGGCGUGUGUUUCAAAUUAGUGAAGUUUCUGAGUAAUUUUAUUUAACUUUACAAUGUUUUUUUUUUUUUGUUUUGUUUUUUUAAUAAUCACUAGUCAAUCUUUUCUACUUCUGUUCUGUUCUACUUCUGUUCUACUUUAUUAAUUGUACAGUUUAGUAAGUUCACAAGUAAAACAUGAAAUGUGUUUUACAAAAAGUGUUGUCUUGUCUAUCA